AUGGAAAAUUACAAAGCGAUCAACAGUGACGGAAUUCCUCACGACGAACAUCCUCGCGGUGCAGGGCCCUCAAGUCAAAAGGUUGCAAUCCUGCGUAACCAUACUCAACCCUCCUACAAACAGCCAGGGCCAAAUUUCAUAUUUGAAGUCAAAACCCGCGAUGUCCCCUCUUUCAAGGACGACGAAGUCCUCGUCAAGAUCCUAGUAAGCGGCGUCUGCGGCACAGACCUCGCCAUAGCCAAAGGCUACCUGGGCGAAUCCAAAGAGAUCCUCGGCCACGAAGGAAUCGGCUACAUUAUCGGAUGUGGCCAAAAAGUCAAAAGCCCCUAUGCCAAGCUAUCCCAAUACGUCGGCGUAGGCUGGCUCCGCGAUGCCUGUGGCUCAUGCACACCGUGUACGCGCGACACGACGCGCUGCGAAAUCAAAGUCUACAGCGGCGUCAACGUCGAUGGCACAUUGGCCUCGUACGCGGUUGUGCCGGAUCGGUAUAUCACGCCAGUACCCGAUGAUGUCGCGCCCGAACUACUGGCGCCGAUCAUGUGUGCCGGAGUAACGGCUUACAAGGCGCUCAAGGUUGCGAAGGUGACGCCGGGAUCGUGGGUUCUUAUUUCCGGUGCUGGGGGCGGGGUGGGAAUGUUGGCUAUUGCUUAUGCCAAGGCGAUGGGGUACCGGGUUGUUGCCGUGGAUAUGGGGUCUCGGAAGGCGGGUGCUUGUCUUGCCGGUGGGGCGGAGGCGUACGUUGAUUGUGGGGAUGUGAAGGAUGUUAGGGAGGAGGUGGCUCGGGCUACGCAGGGGAGGCUUUGUGCGGCGGCUAUUGUCUGCGCGGGGGUUGCGGUGGCUUAUGAGCAGGCGAUUGAGUGUUUGGAUUACUUUGGCACGCUUGUUGCUGUGGGGAUUAUGCCGCGGACGGCUAAGUUGGGGAUCAACCCGUUGAAGUUUAUUGAUUUUGGGAUCCGGUUUGUGGGGAGUAUUACCGGGGAUCGGAUUGAUGUGGCUGAGGCGGUGGAGUUUGUUCGUCGGGGCUUGGUGGUGCCGAAGGUGACGGUUAUUGGUUUUGAUGAGCUGGGGGACUAUGUGAAGCGGAUGGAUGAGAUGGAGGGGAAGCUUGUUGUUCGCACUGGAGCUGAUGAGUGA